CAUCUAUAAUUCAAGAAAUCACAAUGAGUUAUAGACUCAUUUCUGCAAUCGAUUACCCAUAACACACAAUUUCCAGCUUAAGAAUCCUGACAUUUAAUAUGGAUGCAAUAGGUGGUACGAAUUUUCCCGUUUUUUCCUCAUUGAACGUCAUUGUAGCCCCCGAAAAAAACCAUAUCCUUUCGCGGGAACCGAUAAUAUAAAAAAAGUUCGAAAACUCUUUUUACUUUUUGUUAAAUUACGCUAAAUGGCGAAGUAACAAUAGCACAAAGACUUAAGAUUUUUGCGAAAAAUGCGAAAACCAAAGGAGGAAAGGGCAGUCGCCGCACCCUCGUAAAACCCUUUCGAAGGCGGUGCGACAGAGAGGGCGACAGAAGAGAGUGGGACAGCGAGAAAUCAGAAUCACCCCUUUGCCCUUUGAACCGCCUACCUGCUUCGUACCGCUUCGGCUGGCCGCUCGUGUCCGCCAUUUCCAACUGAAUGAAGCGUCGGCGCAGCCUCCGGGUUUUUGGGUAUAAAUUCAGGGGGUUCCGACGAGAGGAAAUCAGUUUGCGUUCGACAUCGUCAGCGUGAAGAUAUAGCAAGAGCAGCAAAAGCAAAGUCAGAUCAUCGGUCUACAAAGCCAUCCCACCGCUCAGUUGGAUUAACCCCAGAAAAGGAAACAGAACCUCAUAUACCAAACACCAUGCUUAUGCACGAGAAACUCAUGGCCGGGCAGUUCUUCGAUCUCAAGACCGAUCGCAAGCCCCUGAUGCAUCACCACCAGUAUCAGCACCACCAGACGCACCACCAGCAGCAGUCGCUGCACCACUUGCCGCACAGCCAAUUGCCGGUCCAGGGAUCCCUGGGCCUUCCCAAAAUGGAUCUGUAUGCGGCCUAUGCCUACCAGCAGCAGUUGCUGGGUGCUGCCCUCAGCCAGCAGCAACAGCAGCAGCAGCAACAUCAGCAACUGCAGCACCAGCAACAUCAGCAACAGGCUUCCUCUGCGGAGGUCCUAGAUCUCUCCCGUCGCUGCGACAGCGUGGAGACGCCCAGGAAGACUCCCUCGCCCUACCAGACCAGCUAUAGCUAUGGCAGCGGUUCCCCUUCGGCCUCGCCCACCAGCAAUCUGCUGUAUGCCGCCCAGAUGCAACAGCAACAUCAGCAACAACAGCAGCAGCAGCAACAACAGCAGCAGCAACAGCAACUGGCCUCUUUGUACCCCGCUUUCUACUACAGCAACAUCAAGCAGGAGCAGGCCACGCCCACUGCUGCCCCGUGCAAGGUCACACCCACCGCUAGCCUCCUCCAGACCAUUGCUGCCGCUUCUGCUGCAGCCGCCGCUGCUGCUGCCUCCUCCACCUCGUCGACCAACUCACCCAGACCAGCCAGCAAUGCCAGCACCAUGCAGAUAGAUGUCCUGGAGAAUCCCCAAUCGCCGGCUGUUGAGGCCACCACGCCCACCACCUCAGCCCCCAGCGGCAGUGGGGAGACGGGCAAGAACACUCGCCCCUUCAAGGCCUUUCCCCGGGAUCCCCUGGUCAUUGCUGCCAACUUCGCGGCCACCGAUGUCCUGCUGGACAAUCCGCGAGUGGAGCGCUACACCGAGUACCGCAAGAGGGUGCUCGAGCAGAUCCGCAGCUCUAACGGAGGAUCUCGCACUGUUACCAACCCGAAGAUGCGCAGGACCAACUCGAGGAGCGGAUCCGUGAACGAGGGCAGUUCUUCGAACAACAACAGCGAAAGCGAGGAUCGCGCUGCGGCUGAGGAGUCCAGCGAUUGCGACUCCCAGGCGGGCAACUUCGAGGGCAAGUCCUCUGCCAGCAACUCCAGCAACCUGGCCAACACCACCGGGGUGAACUCGGGCAUCAGCUCGGGCAGCCAGGUGAAGGAUGCCGCCUACUACGAGCGGCGUCGCAAGAACAACGCCGCCGCCAAGAAGUCCCGCGACCGUCGCCGCAUCAAGGAGGAUGAGAUCGCCAUCAGGGCCGCCUAUCUGGAGCGCCAGAACAUCGAGCUGUUGUGCCAGAUCGACGCCCUCAAGGCCCAGCUGGCCGCCUUCACGUCCGCCAAAGUGGCCACCGCCUAAAAGUCCAUUCCUCUCUUGAUGCGUUGAACGCGAAGAUCCGAAUCGUACCGUACACACACAUACUACAUCCUGUUUUUUGGGUCAGCUUAUCUGUGAAUAGUUUAGGGGGCUCAACUUUCUUUUUUUGCCACACUCGCAUUUAAGUACUUUAAGUCCUUGCAGUAUACGUUAUAUUUGUAAAAUGUAUUAGCUGAUAAGUGCAUCUCGCAAUCUAACCAGUUAACUAAUCACUCGAAUCUAUAGUUGUAGCGGUCCCAGCUUAGUAUUAGUAUCUAACUAUUAAGUGAUUUUUUUUCAUAACCCUA